CGCUUCUCGGGGGUGGGGCUGCUGCAGAGCAUCUCAGCGAACCUAGCAGGAACUGGAGCCACUCUUUGUUCUAGUUGCUGCCUCCUAAACCCUCCCGCGCCUGGGUCCAACUUCCUAGCCUUUCCCGCUCUCUCCUCCCGCCUGUCCCCGACAGCUGGGCCCUGUGUCCCCCACCCCAACCUCUUCGUCCCAGGUCCUGCGCUCACCCUUUCCCCCAAACUUCUGUUCGGAGCCCUUGCCUGGUCCCCUUCUCUCCACCCUCCCUCCUGCAUCAUCUUCCCCCCGGCUCCGCUCUCGCGUCCUCCUUUUUCCAAGCUCUGGGUCGCUCCGCCCGGCCCCGCCCCUCCAGGCAGGGGAUGUCCCCCGCAGCCCCGCGCCCAUGGUCCUGACGCUGCUGCUCUCCGCCUACAAGCUCUGCCGUUUCUUCGCCAUGUCUGGCCCACGGCCGGAUGCCGAGCGGCUAGCGGUGCCGGGGCCGGACGGGGGUGGCCGUGCGAGCCAAUGGUGGGUGGCGGGCGGCCGCAGGCCCCGCGAGUUAUCGCCGGGGGCAAGCACCGAGGUGCAGGGCGCCCUGGAGCGCGCACUGCCCGAGCUGCAGCAGGCGCUGUCGGCGCUGAAGCAGGCAGGCAGCAUGCGGGCCUUGGGAGCCGGCCUAACCGAAGUUUUCCAGCUUGUCGAGGAGGCCUGGCUGCUACCAGCCAUGGGCCGCGAGGUAGCCCAAGGCCUGUGCGACGCUAUCCGCCUGGACGGUGGCCUGGACCUGCUGCUACGCCUGCUUCAGGCGCCAGAGCUGGAGACGCGCGUGCAGGCUGCCCGCCUGCUGGAGCAGAUCCUGGUGGCCGAGAACCGGGACCGCGUGGCGCGCAUCGGACUGGGCGUGAUCCUGAACCUGGCAAAGGAGCGUGAGCCGGUGGAGCUGGCGCGCAGCGUGGCCGGCAUCUUGGAGCACAUGUUCAAGCACUCGGAGGAGACGUGCCAGAAGCUGGUGGCAGCCGGCGGCCUGGACGCGGUGCUGUACUGGUGCCGCCGCACGGACCAGGCGCUGCUGCGCCACUGCGCGCUGGCGCUGGCCAACUGCGCGCUGCACGGGGGCCAGGCGGCGCAGCGGCGCAUGGUGGAGAAGCGUGCCGCCGAGUGGCUCUUCCCGCUCGCCUUCUCCAAGGAGGACGAGCUGCUGCGCCUGCAUGCCUGCCUGGCCGUGGCCGUGCUGGCCACCAACAAGGAGGUGGAGCGCGAGGUGGAGCGCUCCGGCACGCUGGACCUCGUGGAGCCGCUCGUGGCCUCGCUGGACCCCGGGCGCUUUGCCCGCUGCAUGGUGGACGCCAGUGACACCAGCCAGGGUCGCGCCCCCGACGACCUGCAGCGUCUGGUGCCGCUGCUCGACUCUUCGCGCUUGGAGGCACAGUGCAUCGGGGCUUUCUAUCUCUGUGCGGAGGCAGCCAUCAAGAGUCUGCAGGGCAAGACCAAGGUAUUCAGCGACAUAGGUGCCAUCCAGAGCCUGAAACGCCUCGUCUCCUACUCCACUAACGGCACCACGUCGGCGCUGGCCAAGCGCGCACUGCGCCUGCUGGGCGAGGAGGUGCCGCGGCGCAUCCUGCCCAGCGUUCCCAGCUGGAAGGAAGCCGAGGUCCAGACCUGGCUGCAGCAGAUCGGCUUCUCCCAGUACUGCGAGAAUUUCCGGGAGCAGCAGGUAGAUGGAGACCUGCUUCUGCGGCUCACCGACGAGGAACUCCAGACCGACCUGGGCAUGAAGUCGGGCAUCACCCGCAAGAGGUUCCUCCGGGAGCUCACGGAGCUCAAGACCUUCGCCAACUACGCUACGUGCGAUCGCAGCAACCUGGCUGACUGGCUGGGCAGCCUGGACCCGCGCUUCCGCCAGUACACCUACGGCCUGGUCAGCUGCGGCCUGGACCGCUCGCUGUUGCACCGCGUGUCCGAGCAGCAGCUCCUGGAGGACUGUGGCGUCCACCUGGGCGUGCACCGCGCCCGCAUCCUCACGGCCGCCAGAGAAAUGCUACAUUCCCCGCUGCCCUGCACCGGCGGGAAGCCCAGCGGGGAUGCUCCGGAUGUCUUCAUCAGCUACCGGCGGAACACGGGCUCCCAGCUGGCCAGCCUCCUGAAGGUUCACCUGCAGUUGCAUGGCCUCAGUGUCUUCAUCGAUGUGGAGAAGCUAGAAGCAGGCAAGUUCGAGGACAAGCUCAUCCAGAGUAUCAUGGGCGCCCGCAACUUUGUGCUGGUUUUGUCGGCUGGGGCGCUAGACAAGUGCAUGCAAGACCACGACUGCAAGGACUGGGUGCACAAGGAGAUCGUGACUGCUUUGAGCUGCGGCAAGAACAUCGUGCCUGUCAUUGACGGCUUCGAGUGGCCAGAGCCCCAGGCCCUGCCGGAGGACAUGCAGGCUGUGCUCACCUUCAAUGGCAUCAAGUGGUCCCACGAGUACCAGGAGGCCACCAUUGAGAAGAUCAUCCGCUUCCUGCAGGGCCGCUCCUCCCGGGACUCGUCUGCUGGCUCCGACACCAGUUUGGAGGGCACUGCACCCCCGGGGCCCCAUCUAACCAGCCCCUAGCUCCCAUUUCCAUCAUGACUCCCAUUUCCACCAUCCCCCCCACCCCAGUGGAACAGCCCCUCCGACUGGCCUCCCUGGGCUGAGACAGCCUGGGCUCUUCUCAGGAAAUGGCUCUCUAGCUCCCCUGCCCUCAUGGUUCACCUCAAACCCAGCGUCCUCAGUAUCUGCAAAGGGAAGGGAAGCCAGGCGUUGGGGGUGCUAAGACUUCCCCCAGGCCCUUGCCCUCAGUUCCUGUCUUGAGUGUGGAAGGGUCACUGUUCCGCUGAGGAGGUUCUGGAGGAGGAGGGUUUGCUGUGUGUUAACAGUUUCUGCCCUGCCAACAGCCAGCUUGAGUACAGUGAAGAGCAACCUUACCUGGUAUCACCUCCGUCUGACAGAGAAGGAACUGAAUGAUGCGCCCAGUGUCCCAAGUCUCCAGAGACAGCCCCAGGACGCAGACCGGGCCUCCUGGCGCCCUAUCCACGACCGGGGGCACUGCUCUCUUAAGAAUUAUUCAGGAGGCUGCACCCCGGGCAGGGCUGCAGCUCUAUAGAACGGCCGGCUUCCCUCUUGCCCCCAGUACUCUAGCCACAGGGGACAGGCUUUCACAACAGACGGCUGACCCAGAGGCUAUAAAGAAAUAACCAAGCAGAAGUGUCCCUCGGCCCCUUUGUCCACCAGGGGUGGAGAGCAUCUCCUGCCAAUAAAUGCAGGCUCCAGCUAAUAGGCUCGGCGGGCACCGGCCUGGCGCCUCCCCUCCCAGGGGCAGUGGGUUCACACCUGGCUCAGCUCCCAGAGCUGCCUCCCACAGAUGCAAGCCAGGCCCCUCCAGGCUUGGGACUCCUUCCUUCCACCCCCCUCCCUGCCAGAUACACUAGCCGGUCCUCUGAGUGCCCUUGACCCUUUCUCCUUCAUGCUUCAUGAACACCCACCAGUGAUAGGCAGGUCCUGGACUGGACAGUACCGAGGCAGACCAGAUGCUGCCCCCAAGAGCAGAGGCAGUAAGAAUAUAAUGUGAUGAGUCUCCUCCAGAGGCCUUGUCUUCUUGUUCCCCAUCAGUCCCACUCCCUCCAGAGGCCCCUCACGGGCAGUACUCGGGAGGUUGCCCAGCACACCCUCCACUGCUGCCUGCCUCCUCUCUCUCUCUCUCUCUCUCUCUGGGGAAUCACAGCCCAGCCUCCAGGCCCUGCUGGAGCAGCUGAAAUAAAAAUCCUCGCUCUGCCAGGCCAGUGCAUUCAGGAGCCUGCCUCCCUCACCAUAACAAACCACUGCCCCAAUCGCAGCCGGGGCGGGCACCAUGGCCCUCACCGUCCACCUAGGCCUGGCCUCACAGAGCCUCUCCUGAGACAGAGGGCUGAGAAACAGCCUUCCCCCACCCCCAGCCUGCUCUGACAUUGCUUUGAAGGAUCAGAGAGUUUUCUGCUUGGAUGGGCUGUAACUGCUGCCCCCACUAUGGGGCUGAGUCAGCCUCACCCCACCCCACCCCUCUCCGAGACCACGACCUUGCUCAUGACCAAGAAACACUCAAAAGCCAAAAGUCCAGCUCCAACUCAUUCAGCCUUCCCUGGGCUCCACGAAUAGAGGCAUUCCAUUUUAGAAUGUGUGAGGUAGGAAGGAUCUAAGAACAAUAUUUAUUCUAGUGUUUCCUAACUCGUCAAACCAUGACCAGACAAUUGUGGGUGUCGCUGAGCUAGCCCUUCACAGAAGGCCACACCCAAGUCAGAGGCGGUACCUGGAGUAGAUCCCAGGCCUGAGGUCAAUCCAGAGCCUUUUUGCCGACAUCGGCGCUGCUGGGCCAGGAGAGGGGCCUCUCCUCACCUGAUCUCACGACAGGGGAUAGAGACACCGGACUCUGAUAACAGGCCACAGCUGACCUUGGUUUGCUUUGGGCCACCCCCAUUUUACCUGCAUGAUUUCACAUGAGAGAGAAUGAGGGCAGAAAUACCGGCAGGGGGAUGCCCUGUGGCUAGUUCUGUUUUGAAGAGUCAGGUGUUAAUCUGAUUUGCUUGGGGGCUUAUGGGCCUCAUCAAAGCCAGCCUUAAGACCCAAUCUGAUUCUGCCUUUCAACUUCAGGCUUCCCUCACGCCCUAGAGAUGGGCCCCGCAUUCUCUGGGACUUGGGCCUCCUAUACCAUAGGGGGAGGCUGGACCUAUCUCCAGGUUCCUGUUGACCUACAGGUGCUCAAGGGAGAGUGUUGGCACAUGGCCCUGCUGAAAUGCCUAGAGAUGGGGGGUGUUAGAGAGCUGAGUGGUAACAAAAAUUGAUUCCGUUUGGGCUGGCUGUAGCCAGGAAGAUCGGGACGGGCGCCUUCAGGGAGUGGAUCUCUGACCCCAAGGAAUGAGCGGCCAGGGCUCUGCCCAGAGCUUCCCCACUGGCCUGAUGCAAGCGUGCCAGCGCUUUGCCUCCCAGAAGCUCAGAAGACAAUGGGCAGUCAGAUGAGGAGUGAGCCGGCUGUGCCCGGUGCCAAUCUCAUGGCAACUGGGGGCUCCUGUCCUUUCCAGCAGCUGCUGCUGCCUGGUCUAUGGUGGGCAAACUGGGAAAACAAGGCCCCAUAGCCUAAUGCCGUGGGGGAGCCAGAAAGUUCAUUUCAGGGCGAUUAUACUGACUUAUGAUGAUUGGCACUGCUAAGCCCAGCAGAUUAAUUGCCACCCAGGGACAGCAGCAUUCUCCCUCCAGGGGACACCAAGUCCCUCCCACAACCCUCCCUCCCCCAAAGGUACCAUAUUCAUCACUAAGGACUGAUAAAUUGAAUACUCCGAGCUGCCCAGUUUGGGUUGGAAGCAGAGGUGCCAGCCCUCAGGCUUCAGCUGGUCCCUCCGUCAGGAUCUCUCCCCUCCCCUGGAGGGUUCUUCUGUGUGAUUCAUGGCCUAAAGGGUAAACAGAUCCCUGUUCCAAAUAGGCGCACCCCACCCCCUGCCCUGAGUGGGGGACAAUUCGAGAUCUGGGAGUCCUAGGCUGGCACAGCUGUGGAUGAGGCAGGGGCCUUGGUCCAGGUUGACCAUCCUGUCCAAGGUGAACACAGCGCUUUGGGGGAAUCUGCUGCUAUGCUAAGGGCUGGGAUCCAGAUGCAGCUCCUUCCAGUUGGUCAGUGCUCAUGUUGCUCCUCUUGCCCUCUGUCCUCAGGUCUAGGCAGAUCAGGGGCUGCUCUGGGAAAACUCCUGGAAUUCAGGGCAAUGAUUAUCCCUUUCCAGUAUCCUGUGAGAGACCAAAGAGAGAGUUCAGACUUAACAUGGGGGUGGGACCCUCAACUCCUGGAGGAGUGACAUGGCCUUUAUUGGGUGGGCUGAUCCAGGUAACCACCCCCCCCCCNCCCCGCCACCACAAGCUAAGAGGUGGAAGACAAGACAGAGGGCUCGGGGGAAGAAAAGCAAGUGGGUCGGGUGGGCAUGGGGCCCAGCCACAGCUAUCCCAGGAAGCUCUCCAGGCUUCCCUUUAGCGCAUUUCUGCCACGCACGGUUGUUGCAUCUGUAAAAUGGGAACAGAGAGGGGCGAGGGGAACUGACUAGGAGAACACAGCCCUGCCAAGCAGCACUGUGAGCGUGUUCCUUCCCCUGCUGGCCUCUGCCUUGCCCCUGGAGAACCGCUCCCAGAGAAUCAGGCAGCCGUCUGCAAGGGGGGAGAGAGGCACCCACAGGGGGAGAGCUCCAGAAACGAGGAGGUCGGGAGGAGGAAGAGGAGCCCUUUAGGUAAACGGCUCCGUUCUGACCGUGAGUCACAGCCCUGUAUUACCCCAUCAGGAUGGCCGGGAUGAAGAGCAGUCCAGCUCCCAGGAGGAAGGGGAAGCCCUUCAUGAGGUUCAGGGUGGCUGGGUAGAGUGAGUUGAAGAUGCCAGAGGCCAUCAGCAUGGCCAAGCCAUUCACACAGGCCAGAGCAGAAAAGAGAGCACCUGUGAAGAAAUAAAUACCACACAGCAAUUUGAAAGACCUAAAUGCAAAUUCUGGCACUACUACCUAACAGCUGUGUGAUCUGGGGCAAGCCACUUCACCUGAGUCUGACCUUUCUCACCUAUAAACCCUACAUCAUGUGUUGUGUGUGAUAAGGCUUCAGUGAGGUCAUACAUGGAGAGCACCUGUGCUAUAAAACAAACGGCUGUUAUUAAAUCUAUUACAAGGA